UUAGUGACAGAGAGAGCAGAGCGGACUUUAACGGGUCCUUAAAAGCGUACACGGAGAUUGGGUUCUUUUUCUAUUUUCUUUUUUUAUUUGCUAAUUUCCCCGUAGACGAGAAUAUUAUCCCAUUUAAAGUGACAGCAAGGGAAAAAAAUAUGCAUUUCGGAUACUCACCGGAACAGAUAUCAAGACUCUGAAACAGCGAUUGCAAUUGUAACGUGCCCUGUGCCGGAUAUGUUUUGGCCAUCUGCCUGUCCACAUUGACACAAGGGUUCAAAAGUCCUCAGCUGACUCAGGUCGAGUCACCGUUGGCUGUCUGGUCAGAGUCAGAGAGUUUUGCUAACUGCUUUUUUGUCAAGUACAGUCUACAAGAACAGCAUGUAGUUUCCCACAUUUCCAGUGGAAAGUUUCCUGCAUCAUAUUUUAUCAUAAUUCUUCAUCUAUGACUGAGGAUUUCAACAUAAAAUACAUCAACAGUCCCCUGUUGAUGAUGCAACAGCAAUGAGCUAAUCCGUGAUAACCAUGUCAGAGUAUCCCCAGGAAGAAAACUCUGUACCGCAAAUGCAGGAAGUGGACUCGAGCCGUUUAGGAAGUCAUGUCCUCGCUCCAAUCUUUAACUCCACCUCUCCGUCCCUGACGGCGGAGAGCCACCCCAUCUGCAUCCCUUCACCCUACACGGACCUUGGCCAUGAUUUCACCACUCUGCCAUUCUAUAGCCCCACUCUGCUUGGUUAUGGUGCGCCUUCCCUUUCUGACUGCCCAUCAGUACGGCAGUCGCUAAGCCCUACUCUAUUCUGGCCACCUCACAGUCACGUUUCUUCAUUUGCGUUGCAUCAACAACAGACACGCCUUCAGCAAAACCAUCCGGCCAAUGGGAGUUGGGCAGAACUUACGCCACAUGAUCACGCUGAAGAGGAAAACAGCAAACCUCUGGUGAAGAGGGUAGCAGAUGCUGGAGAAACAUCUGUCUCCUACAGAGGUAAAGCUGACAUGCACUACUGCGCUGUCUGUAGUGAUUACGCCUCUGGGUAUCAUUAUGGAGUCUGGUCAUGUGAGGGCUGCAAAGCUUUCUUCAAGAGGAGUAUCCAAGGACACAAUGACUAUAUCUGCCCUGCAACUAACCAAUGCACCAUCGAUAAGAACCGCCGAAAAAGCUGCCAGGCCUGUCGGCUCAGAAAGUGUUACGAAGUGGGAAUGAUGAAAUGUGGAUUACGGCGAGAUCGUGGCACCUACCAACAAAGAGGAGGGCAGCAGAAGCGACUGGUACGAUUACCUGCCAGGACCAGAGCGAGUGUCCCGAGGCCUCAGGAGGUUAAAAGUGUCCCACGUCCCCUCAGUAGAAACGAGGUUGUUACCAUGACGCUGAGCCCCGAGGAACUAAUAACCCGCAUCAUCGAUGCUGAGCCACCUGAGAUUUACCUCAUGAAGGACAUGAAAAGACCGUUCACUGAGGCCAAUGUCAUGAUGUCACUUACCAACCUUGCCGACAAAGAGCUCGUUCAUAUGAUUAGCUGGGCCAAGAAGAUACCAGGGUUUGUGGAGCUCAGUCUUUUUGACCAGGUGCAUUUGUUGGAGUGCUGCUGGUUGGAGGUUUUAAUGCUGGGGUUAAUGUGGAGGUCUGUUAACCACCCUGGAAAGCUCAUUUUUUCUCCAGAUCUCAGUCUCAGCAGGGAUGAGAGCAGCUGUGUGCAGGGGUUUGUGGAGAUCUUUGAUAUGCUGCUUGCAGCCACAUCCCGAUUACGAGAACUGAAGUUACAGAGAGAGGAGUAUGUGUGUCUGAAAGCCAUGGUCCUCCUUAACUCAAACAUGUGUUUGAGCUCUUCUGAAGCUGGAGAGGAGCUGCAGGGUCGGUCGAAGCUGCCGUGUCUGCUGGAUUCGGUGACAGAUGCUCUGGUGUGGGCCAUCUCGAGGACCGGCUUGUGUUUUCAGCAACGUUCAACACGGCUGGCCCAUCUGCUCAUGCUGCUGUCCCACAUCAGACACGUCAGUAACAAAGGCAUGGAUCAUCUGCACUGCAUGAAGAUGAAGAAGGUAGUUCCUCUAUAUGACCUACUCUUGGAGAUGUUGGAUGCCCAUAUCAUGCAUAGCUCACGGCUAUCUCACUCCAGCUCUCAAAUGGACCCUGCUCCCAAAGACAGCGAAGGUACCCAGGAUACCCAUGCAUGCCCUUCACAGCAUGGAGGGACUUAAGGACCUUAGUUCACCUGGGCUGAAGGACGAUUUAUAGUUUUUGGUGGAUGGAUGACAUAAACACUUAAGAGAGGAUUGAGCACGCACAAGAUGAAAAGCAUCACUGAUAGCUCAAGCUUUUGUUUUUUUCUAAAGGCGCAGCCGAUGAAAAACUCUCAAAGCCAUUUUUGUAAACAGAAAAAUAAGAACCAACCAACCACAAACACAAGGUUUUUAAUUUGAUCAAAAUCAGAUACUUUUACAAAUGUGGCAAAACAGGAACUGCAAGAACUGUAUCCCCUUUCCUCAUAUAGCAAAAUCUUACGUGGUAAUUGUAAAACAAAAAUGAGUGAAUGACUUAUGAACCCAUGAGUUUAACCAGAGCAAGAUGCCAUGAUGGACAAAUGCAAAAUGUCCUUAUCAGCUUACUGCUUUCUUUUGCUGUACCACAUUUUAACAUCAUACUGCUGUUGCUAUAGCAACUGAUGUAGCUACACCAGAUACCGACUAUACUGAACAAAUGGAUUUGGAUUAUAGUGCGCACACCCAUUUCUAAAGAGUGGAGUUCAAGCUAACAAAAUGUGCAACGUCUGAAAUCUAGACGCAAGGCUGAAAACGGAAUUACUUCACUUGUAAUGCCUUAACUUUUUCUGUCAGAAUCAGUAAAAGACAUCACUUAAGCAAACCAGAUAAGCUGAAUGUAUGGUUUACGUUAAUUUGUAACCAGUAACAAUGUUUCUUUCCAGCCUUUUUGCUGUGAUCUGCCUUUACUGACUGCUUUCUAUCAUGUAAAGGCCAUUUACAAAACAUUUGUAUAUUUUCUAUCAAUUCUAUCAAUCUAUUGAUACUGUUCAAUAUGGCAAGCUCAUGACUGUUUUACUGUGAAAACAGAAACUUUUUUUUGCACUAUAAUGGUUACAUUUUUAAAAACCUGACUUGAGAAUCAAAGAGCGGUGAAAAUUUUUAUGCAGUGCCUACCAUAAUUAUAGUCCAUACAUUUUGGUUUAAUGUUGUUUACAUAGAAGAGGUUUUAAGAAGAGUGUUAAAAUUAUAGGAAAAUAAUGGCAUUGGCACAUGAAAACAUACAACUCAAGCACAAAAAAGAUGUAUUAUUUACUUUAACAUUUUAAUAAAAACAUUUGUGCAUUUAUUUAAACUUAUGCGAUCUUUGAUUUUUUUUAAUCAAUUGAUAUAAAGCACUGAUAACCAUUUAAAAACAUUUAAGCUAGUAAGAAAAUAUCAUUUGUUAUAUUUUUUAAUCAAUGUUUAUUUUUCAAACAAGAGACAUAAAUGCUUGAUUUGUGACAUUCAUUUUCUGUACAUUUAUGUAUGUGUUGUACCUUGCAGUGCAUAUGUAACUGUUAUAUUAACACUUGUACGCUUAUGAUAUGCAGAGGUGAAUUAAAAUUUCUUGUGUAUAUGACAUUUACUUU